ACAUUUGCACUGCUCAGAUUGAUUCCUAUUUAGUAAGAUUUAUUAACAUUGUUAAGCGUAUAGUGUUAAAUUUUGCACCUACGUUCAUGUUUGUGGUUGAUACGUUUGAUAUAAAGUGUCGUACCUUGCUUUUUGCCAGUAUCACUGGCUAAAUUCAAAAUGGCCCGACUUAUUGUUUGUGUGCUUGCUGUGCUAGUUGUAGUCAGUUUAAGAUGUUGUGAUUCAGCUCCACAAUUCGGAGCGUUCGGUUUCGGAGGAGUUAUUGGCGGAGGCUUUUCUGGAUACCCAGGAGGCUACGGUUUCGGAGGACCAGGCUAUUUUAGACAUGGCUUCGGACAUGGUUUCGGACACAGAUUUUACGGACCGGGCUAUGGUUACCAUGGUUACGGUGGAUAUCAUGGAUACGGCGGUCCAGGCUUCAAUCAGUUUGGUUACGGAAAUCCGGGCUUAAGUUUUUCAAAAAGUGAAAGUGUCAGCUUUGGUGCUGGGGGCGUUGCCCAGUCAAGCGCCAAUGCUGGUAGUUUUGGUAAAUAGUAUUAGUUAUAUUGUAAGCGUGUUUUUUAUAUAAAUGAGUUUAUUUAUUGUUAAAAUUGUUUUGUUUUAUUUCUCUUAACAAUGGUAUAUGCCCG